AUGUCGAAAGAGCUCUCCAAGAGCAAAGAGGAGGUCGCCACACCGUCCAAAUAUAUCAAGCGAUCCGAAGUCGAACAAAAGCGAAGGGAAGCCUAUCUCGCCGAGCAGGCUCGGCUCGAAGCCCAGCGCCAAGCCAAAGCGGAGGCCAAGCGCAAGCGCGAGGACGAGACGGCAGAAGAGGCGCGGGAACGCGAGGAGAAGAGACGCCGUCUCGCCGAUGAAUCGCGACGGCGGCGGGAGGAGAAAGAAGCCGCCGAGGAGGCGGCCCGGAGGAAACGCCUGGGCUUGCCGCCACUCUCUCGGGCCACGAGCGAGGAGACGAACGAGUUGGAAGACGGCAUGGAGGACAUCCCCGACGACGAGCUGCGGGCGAAACUGCGCCAACUAGGGGAGCCGGCGGUGUCAUUCGGGGAAGGACACAGGGGACGGCUGCGGCGGUACCGACGACUCACCACCGUGGUUACACAGGGCCCGAUACCGACGACAUUGGCGCUGGUGGAGGAGAAGGAUAUGAAGGUGGAUGGUCGGGUGCCGCAGGACAAGGAGGAGAGGAAGUGGCUGUUCCGGCAGCUGGCGAGCUACUUCACCAUGGUUUUGACGGAAUAUCAGCGGGCCAUGGAGGCGGAAAAGACAGAUACGACGGCGAGCAAGACGGCGUAUGCGGCCAUGGUGCAGAGCCGCGAGAACAUGAAGCCGCUUUUCCGCAAGUUUGAAAAGGGCGACAUAGAAGAUUCCCUUCUUGAGCCCAUCGUGGAGAUCGUCAAGGCCGCGCAGGAGCGCCGCUACGUCGACGCCAAUGAUGGGUACCUGCGCCUCUCGAUCGGCAAGGCCGCCUGGCCCAUCGGAGUGACCAUGGUGGGCAUUCACGAGCGUAGCGCCCGCGAGAAGCUACACGGCGGCGAGCGAGGACACGUCAUGGGCAAUGAAGUCACGCGAAAAUUCUUGCAAAGCAUCAAGCGCUGCCUGACGUUUGCGCAAGUCCGUUGGCCGCCUGAAGACGUGAGGCAGUUGAUGGGUUGA